GUGCGGACUGUGUGUGUGUGGGUGUGUAUGUGAGGGGAGCGGGCUUGUGUGCGCGCGAGGCGGCCGGCGGCGACAUGCGGACGGCCGGGCGGCGGCCCUAGCGGCCCGAGCCCCGAGGGCGGGGCGGCGCGGCGCGGGCCCCUUCCCGCUCCCGCCCGCCGGGUCCUGGCGAGCUCGCUACGGGCCGGGCGGCGCGCGUGCGGCUGAGGGGCGGGGACGCCGUGUGCCUCGCUGCUCCCGGCCGGGCCGGGCGGCUCCUCAGACAGCGGCGCGCGGCGGGCCCGGGCGGAGGUUCCGCGGGCGGCGCUAGGCCCGGCGAAGCGGCAUGAGCCGGCCCCCGCCGACGGGGAAAAUGCCCGGCGCCCCUGAGGCCGCGCCGGGGGACGGGGCGGGCGCGAGCCGCCAGAGGAAGCUGGAGGCGCUGAUCCGAGACCCUCGCUCGCCCAUCAACGUGGAGAGCUUGCUGGAUGGCUUAAAUUCCUUGGUCCUUGACUUGGAUUUUCCUGCUUUGAGAAAAAAUAAAAAUAUAGAUAAUUUCUUAAAUAGAUAUGAGAAAAUUGUGAAAAAAAUCAGAGGGUUACAGAUGAAAGCAGAAGAUUAUGAUGUUGUAAAAGUUAUUGGCAGAGGUGCUUUUGGUGAAGUUCAGUUGGUUCGUCAUAAGGCAUCACAGAAGGUUUAUGCAAUGAAGCUUCUUAGUAAGUUUGAAAUGAUAAAAAGAUCAGAUUCUGCUUUUUUCUGGGAAGAAAGAGAUAUAAUGGCCUUUGCGAACAGUCCUUGGGUGGUUCAGCUCUUUUGUGCCUUUCAAGAUGACAGGUACCUGUACAUGGUGAUGGAAUACAUGCCAGGUGGAGACCUUGUAAACCUUAUGAGUAAUUAUGAUGUGCCUGAAAAAUGGGCCAAGUUUUACACUGCUGAAGUAGUGCUUGCACUGGAUGCAAUACACUCCAUGGGCUUAAUCCACAGGGACGUGAAGCCUGAUAACAUGCUCUUGGAUAAACAUGGACAUCUAAAAUUAGCAGAUUUUGGCACGUGUAUGAAAAUGGAUGAAACAGGCAUGGUGCAUUGCGAUACAGCAGUUGGAACUCCUGAUUAUAUAUCACCCGAGGUUCUGAAAUCACAAGGUGGUGAUGGCUACUAUGGUCGAGAGUGUGAUUGGUGGUCUGUAGGUGUUUUCCUUUUUGAGAUGCUAGUGGGAGACACUCCAUUUUAUGCAGAUUCACUUGUAGGAACCUAUAGCAAAAUUAUGGAUCAUAAAAAUUCACUAUGUUUUCCUGAAGAUACAGAAAUUUCUAAGCAUGCAAAGAAUCUCAUCUGUGCCUUCUUAACAGACAGGGAGGUACGACUUGGAAGAAAUGGGAUAGAAGAAAUAAAACAGCAUCCUUUCUUUAAGAAUGAUCAGUGGAAUUGGGAAAACAUAAGAGAGACGGCAGCUCCAGUCGUGCCUGAGCUCAGCAGUGACAUAGACAGCAGCAACUUUGAUGACAUCGAGGACGACAAAGGAGAUGUAGAGACUUUUCCAAUCCCUAAAGCUUUUGUGGGAAAUCAGCUACCUUUUAUAGGAUUUACAUACUUUAGAGAAAAUUUGUUAUUAAGUGACUCUCCACCCUGUAGAGAAAACGAUGCAAUACAAACAAGGAAGAGUGAAGAAAGUCAGGAGAUUCAGAAAAAGUUGUAUGCACUAGAAGAACACCUUAGCAGUGAGUUGCAAGCUAAGGAGGAGCUGGAACAGAAGUGCAAAUCUAUUAAUACUCGCCUAGAGAAAACGGCAAAGGAGCUAGAAGAAGAGAUUACCUUUAGGAAAAAUGUAGAGUCAGCACUGAGACAGUUGGAAAGAGAAAAGGCCCUUCUUCAGCAUAAAAAUGCAGAAUAUCAACGGAAAGCUGAUCAUGAAGCUGACAAGAAACGGAAUUUGGAAAAUGAUGUUAACAGCUUAAAAGAUCAACUUGAAGAUUUGAAGAAAAGGAACCAGAGCUCUCAGAUAUCCACUGAGAAAGUCAAUCAACUCCAGAAACAGCUGGAUGAAGCUAAUGCUCUGCUACGAACAGAGUCCGAUACUGCAGCACGGUUAAGAAAAACCCAGGCAGAAAGUUCCAAACAGAUUCAGCAGCUGGAGUCUAACAAUAGAGAUCUACAAGAUAAAAACUGCCUACUUGAGACUGCCAAGUUAAAGCUUGAAAAGGAAUUUAUCAAUCUUCAAUCAGCUCUAGAAUCUGAAAGGAGGGACCGGACCCAUGGAUCAGAGAUAAUUCAUGAUUUACAAGGUAGAAUAUCUGGGCUGGAAGAAGAUCUGAAGACUGGCAAAGCCUUGCUAGCAAAAGUAGAGCUGGAGAAGAGACAGCUGCAGGAGAAGCUUGCUGACCUAGAGAAGGAAAAGAGCAACAUGGAAAUCGAUAUGACAUACCAACUGAAAGUGAUACAACAGAGUUUAGAGCAAGAAGAAGCUGAGCACAAGACCACAAAAGCACGGCUGGCAGAUAAAAACAAGAUCUAUGAAUCCAUUGAAGAAGCUAAAUCAGAAGCCAUGAAAGAAAUGGAGAAGAAGCUAUUGGAAGAAAGGUCUUUAAAGCAGAAAGUGGAAAACCUACUCCUGGAAGCCGAGAAAAGAUGCUCUAUAUUGGACUGUGACCUCAAACAGUCCCAGCAGAAAUUAAACGAGCUGCUGAAGCAGAAAGAUGUGCUAAAUGAAGAUGUUAGAAAUUUGACAUUAAAGAUAGAGCAGGAAACUCAGAAGCGUUGCCUUAUGCAAAAUGACCUGAAGAUGCAGACUCAGCAAGUUAACACCCUGAAAAUGUCAGAAAAGCAGAUAAAGCAAGAAAAUAAUCAUCUCAUGGAAAUGAAAAUGAACUUGGAAAAGCAAAAUGCUGAACUUCGAAAAGAGCGGCAGGAUGCAGACGGGCAGAUGAAGGAACUGCAAGACCAGCUUGAAGCAGAGCAGUAUUUCUCAACCCUUUAUAAAACACAAGUUAGAGAACUUAAGGAAGAAAGUGAAGAGAAGACUAAGCUGUGUAAAGAGUUACAGCAGAAGAAGCAGGACUUACAGGAUGAAAGAGACUCUUUGGCUGCCCAGCUGGAGAUCACCCUGACCAAAGCAGACUCUGAGCAGCUCGCUCGUUCCAUUGCUGAGGAACAAUAUUCUGAUUUGGAAAAAGAGAAAAUCAUGAAAGAGCUGGAGAUAAAAGAGAUGAUGGCUAGACACAAGCAAGAACUUACUGAAAAGGAUGCCACAAUUGCAUCUCUCGAAGAAACAAAUAGGACACUAACUAGUGAUGUUGCAAAUCUUGCAAACGAGAAAGAAGAACUAAACAACAAGCUGAAAGACACUCAAGAGCAACUCUCAAAGUUGAAAGAUGAAGAGAUCAGUGCAGCAGCUAUUAAAGCUCAGUUUGAGAAACAGCUGUUGACUGAGAGAACACUCAAGACUCAAGCUGUGAAUAAGUUGGCAGAGAUCAUGAAUCGAAAAGAACCUGUCAAGCGUGGUAAUGACACAGAUGUGCGAAGAAAAGAGAAAGAAAACAGAAAACUACAUAUGGAGCUUAAGUCUGAACGUGAAAAGUUGACGCAACAGAUGAUCAAAUACCAGAAAGAACUGAAUGAAAUGCAGGCUCAAAUAGCUGAAGAAAGCCAGAUUCGAAUUGAACUCCAGAUGACUCUGGACAGUAAAGACAGUGACAUUGAACAGCUGCGUUCACAGCUGCAGGCCUUGCAUAUUGGUAUGGACAGCUCCAGUAUAGGCAGCGGACCAGGGGAUGUUGAGCCUGAUGAUGGAUUUCCAGUUCAUAUCACUCAGUCACACACUAUGGAAUCCAUGUCCUUCACCUACCAACGUUCCUCUGCUUCUCUCAAUAUUGCCACUAAGCCUUCCAGUUUUCACACGCUUCUUGAUUCUGACUCUGAAGACGAUUCUUUGCCUUAUUUACCCAUUUCAUCGGAGCCUAAUGGUGCAGAAUCAAGAUUGGAAGGAUGGUUGUCAUUGCCUGUGCGGAACAACACUAAAAAGUUUGGAUGGGUUAAAAAGUAUGUGAUUGUAAGCAGUAAGAAGAUUCUCUUCUAUGACAGCGAACAAGAUAAAGAGCAGUCUAACCCUUACAUGGUUCUAGAUAUAGACAAGCUGUUUCAUGUCCGGCCCGUUACCCAGACAGAUGUAUACAGAGCAGAUGCUAAAGAAAUUCCAAGAAUAUUCCAGAUUCUGUAUGCCAAUGAAGGAGAAAGUAAGAAGGAACCAGAAUUUCCAGUGGAGCCUGUGGGAGAAAAAUCUAAUUAUAUUUGCCAUAAAGGACAUGAGUUUAUUCCUACUCUUUAUCACUUCCCAACUAACUGUGAGGCCUGUAUGAAGCCACUGUGGCACAUGUUUAAACCCCCUCCUGCUCUAGAGUGCCGUCGGUGCCACAUUAAAUGUCACAAAGAUCACAUGGACAAGAAGGAGGAGAUCAUAGCACCUUGCAAAGUUUAUUAUGACAUAUCAUCGGCAAAGAAUCUAUUGUUAUUAGCAAAUUCAACAGAAGAACAGCAGAAAUGGGUUAGUCGGUUGGUGAAAAAGAUACCUAAGAAACCUCCAGCUCCAGACCCUUUUGCCCGAUCAUCUCCUAGGACCUCAAUGAAAAUACAACAAAACCAGUCUAUCCGGCGGCCCAGUCGACAGCUUCCUCCAAACAAACCAAGAUUGCUUGAUUUGGCAUUUAAAGACUGGGAUUGGUCAUUUGAUGAUGUUGAUGGUGAUGAUGAUGACGAUGUUUUUGAUUUCUGAAGAAAUAAAUGGCUAACUGCCUUCUAUGAAAGCAGUUAUUUAGGUGAUCGUAUUCUUCCAGCCAGAAGACUGAAAUAUGAUGUCUCAAAACUUAAUUAAAAAGCUGUAUUCUACUGAGACACACACACACACACACACACACACACACACACACACGUUUCCCCUGAAAUCAUGGAGAAGUUUUCUGGGCUGUUUUGAAACAAGCCGAACAGCAGUGAUUGGUGAGUAAAGGUGUCAUGCAACUCUUCAAGACUUGUAAGCUCUUGGCAGUCACACUACAUUGCACAGAAAGGUUGAGAAGAGCUUAAAGAAAUCACAUUUUGGAUUCAACAGAGGGUUUCCACCAGCACAUCGGCCAAAAGAAUUUGGGAAUUGAUCCCACUACAGUGAUGCUGACUGCAUCUUUAAGAAGUGACCAUGAUGUUGUGUUCAUGUAUGUAUGUACAUAUGGGUUGAGCCUCAUAUAUAUACACACAUACCACACAUAAAAGCACAUUGUACUGUAAUACUGCAAGAAGGUAUUUUUAACUUACCAUUUUAUUUUUUUAUACACAUUAAUCAGAUAUCAUUACUUCAGUUGCAACUAUGCACUUGUAUAAAGCCAUACUGUUGGAAUUUAUAUCCUUCAUCCAUGUACCUGAUAGGAGAUGCAUGUUUGUGUAAACAGUUAACUGUAAUAAGAAGUUUGAAGUUAAUUAUUCCAGUUUCCUAAUGCCUGUGGUAGACAACUUUAUCCAUUUUUGAAUGCCUUAAUUUAAUUUCUUCCCUGCCCCCCAAAUCUCAGCCCUUUUCUAUAUUUAAGAAAAGAAAGAACAAGUAUUUACCAGCUCUUAGGCUGCAGCUCGCUUUGUGGGAAAAACAGUGCACUCUUUACACACAGUAGUUGUGUCAGUGUCAGCCUGUUUGGUCAUAGAAACAAUAACGGAUUACAUUGGAACUAAUGUGUGUGAUGUACAUCUGUUAUUAUGUAAUCCUUUUUUACAGGCUUCAGCUAGUCUGUGACUACAAACUAUCUCCUUUGCUUUGAACUUGCUGGUUACCCCAGAUACAUUUUUAUUUAUGGUAAAGGCAGUUUUUCACAUUUUCAUUUAAGAUUCAAAAAUUGUCUCAAAUAUUAAGAAAACUAACAUGUGUUGUAUAUAUAUUUUAAUAUUUAAAUAUCCUGAAACAAACAACUGUAUGGUGGUAUAUCAGCUUUGAUAUUUGGGAAGAGGCAGCCUCAAAAGCGCUUACUUUGAUUCUCAUUGUUAAAUGCUGCUGAGGUUAGAGAACAGGCAGCAUAGGCCCUGUUGUCCUGUGGGCCCAGGUAAGUGUGCUUCACCCCACAGCAGAGUGUAGCAGUGGGCAGCAUCAGGCUCUGUACAUAUGCAAAGUUCAAUAUGAUAUUGAAAUGUUUGCCUAUUUCAGUGAAGCCAGGAGACAGUUUUCAUUGCUUCCCUCUGGGGUCAGUGUAGAAAUGUUGUAAAAAGUUCGAUCCUCAUAGAUUUUAUUAUGGAAUAGUGGCCUUUGGCCUACUGGUAUACUAAAUCCCAAUCCUGUGACCUUCAGGUGGCUCAGUUGCAUCUUUCAUUCCAUCUGUUAAUGGAUGUGCAUGCCAUUUCUCUGGAAGCAAGCUGUGCUCUGUAGCUCUGGUUCAGAACACAGCUUCCCUCCCUCCCUCCCUCCCUCCCUCCCUCCCUCCCUCCCUCCCUCCCUCCCUCCCUCUUCAGAUUUAAAAAUGAAAAUAUAUAAAAUUUAUAUAGAAGAACUAUUUCCAUUCAUUAGAGUUGUUUAAAAGGAGACUGAAUUAAUAUUUUAUAUAAAGAUUUUGUUACACUAUGGGAGGUUCUAUCCUAUUCUGAAUUGGAGAGUAUAUAUAUAUAUAUAUUUUUAAUAAACUUUAUUAAGGUGAAAUAAUGUCAAGUUUACAAAUGAAUAAUUGAAGUAUUUGAGUAAAAAAGGCAGAAGUUUAAAUUUUGGAUGCUGUGCGUGUAUAUAUGUAUUAGAGAUUGGAGAAUCAUGGUGUGAUGCAACUGUACGAGGCAAUUAAUGUGAAGGAUUCAGGGGAAUAAAACAUUCUGAGGGGCACAAAAUCUCUCCAUGGAGCUUCUUCACGGUUUAACAGGGAUUUAUAAGGUCAUUUGUCCAAGUAACAGAAUUUUGAGUAAAAAAGAUGACCUUAGAGAAGUCAGAAGGGAUUUGUUUUCCCUGUUGUCAUUUGCAUGCACGUCAGUGCACACACCUGCCAGUUUUCUUCCCAACCCAAUGGUCAUUUACAAGAACAACCUAAUUUUGUGCCAGUUUUGCUUUUUCUUGAGGCUCCCAAACCUUCUAGAUAGAUGGCUAUCAGAGCAAAUGUUGCUUCCUUUAUUCAGUUUGUCUCAGAGCCAUAAAUACUUCCAAUUAGGAUCUAAAAGAAAGGAAUGCCAGGUUUCCUUGGUUGGACACUUUUGCUUUGUGGAAAUAAAAACAGAAGUAAAAGAAAAACUAAGUCCGGUAUUACUGAUGAAAAUUAAUGUAAAAUUAAUUUUUAAGCAUUGCUUUUAGAAAAGCAAAAAAAGUUCAAUUGAAAGUUUCAAAUGCCCCAGUUAACUAAAGGGUAAGUGAGCUGGUAAUCCCAAGGAAAGGCUGGUGUUUCUGGCAGACCUUUGGGAGGCCAUGGAUCCUAGAGGAGGCUCUGCAUCAGUUCAUGUGUAGAUCUGGUGAGAAGUGCUUGAGGUUCCUGUUGCUGCCAUCAGUCUGUUAGAUUCCUGGGGUGAUGUGAAGAAUCUCAGACACCAACUUAUCUUACAGAGAUGCUCAGAACAGCAUGCCGAAACCCCAAGUAGAACAAGUAGCCUCCGUGCUCUCAGGCCCCUUGACUGCUACUGAUUCUCCUUUCCUGCCUGAAGGUGGCUUCAGCUCCCCUGGCUCGUGGAGGUGCCACAGCCAAUGUUAAAGCACUUUGACAAGCGCUGUAUGACAGUGCUGAGUGUUGUGCCCUGGGGCCUUGCCUUGUUCCCUUCCCUGUGGUGACUUUUGUUUAGAAUUGUAAUAAGUUAUAAACUGCAUGAUUUAGAGAGUCAUCUUUGAUCAGCCAUCCCCCUGAACAACAAAAAAUCAUACCCUCUUGAUUUAUUUUUAUUUUGUUGCAUCUUUGUAGUAAUGUAAUUGUAUUUUUAUGCCUGCUUUUUGUUUAAGAAAAAUAAAUAAAAGAACCUAAAUGUAAGCAUC